AUGAACAUGACAUAUUCAGCUCCUAUAAUGAUAGGAACUUCAACCUCCUCAACUUCCAUUUUAACAAAAACCUCAUCCUCUUCACUCAAAUCAUCAUACUCUUCAAAUAGCAGCAGUAAAUUGAUGCAACCAAAAAGAAGUAAUUUUAAUUCUGUAAUAAUAGAAAGAAAACAAGUUGCUAUGAUAGCAAGUUGGAUAGAUAAAAAAGAUUUAGUCAAUAAAUAUAAUAAUAAGAAACGUGUUAAUAUCAAUAACAAUCCUAAUUAUCAAUCAUCAUUUUAUGAACCUUGGGAAAACCCAUAUGAAUUUAAGUUGUUGUUAAGAGGCUCAAGAGAUGGAUUCACCGGAUUGGAUUUUCAUUCCAAAUGUGAUUCCAAGGGUGCCACUAUCACUAUAAUGAAAGUGAAUGGAUCAAGCGAAUUGUAUGGUGGAUAUACGCCUAUUGAUUGGUUGUCACAAAAUACUUGGGGCUACUGUAAAGAAAGUUUUAUAUUUUGUUUAGAUGACAAGGAUCUCGAUAAAUCCAUCAUCAGUAGAGUCAAGGAUCCAUCAAGAGCCAUCAACUAUUAUAAUAAUUAUGGUCCGUCAUUUGGAACCGGUGAUUUAAAAAUGACAGGAAAUUUCAAAAACGAGUCAAGGUGUUGUUGUCAACAUGGUGAUUACGAACUUCCAAUUAGAGCCAAUUCUGAUGAUAUCCAUUUUUCUGUUGACGAAUACGAAGUUUUUCAAAUCAUUCCCAGGAGAAGAAGAAAAAGAAACAUGGAUUAG